GCCGGGCUGCCGGGGCCAGUGGCUGGAGCGCCGCGCACCGCCAGCCGCGGGGGCGGGGGAUGGGGGAGGCAGGGGAGGGGGGCGCCCGCGCUGAUUAGAGCCAACCGCACACUUCAAAAGGGUGUCGGGCAGUGCUUCCCUCCUGCGCCCCGGGAACUUCAAAGCGGCCCGCGCUGCCCCGGCCGUCGCGCUCGGCUCCGGGGCCUCGCAGCCCGGGCGCGGCGCCUGGUGGCCAUGACCCGAGCGUUCCGCGCCGCGCUUCGCCAGGCUCUCCUGCUGCUCGUCGCGGCCGCCGCGCUCUCGGCAGGUUUGAAGUGUGUUUGUCUUUUGUGUGACUCUUCAAACUUUACCUGCCAAACAGAAGGAGCAUGUUGGGCUUCCGUUAUGUUAACCAACGGAAAGGAACAGGUGAUCAAGUCCUGUGUCUCUCUCCCAGAAUUAAAUGCGCAAGUCUUCUGUCAUAGUUCCAACAAUGUUACCAAAACGGAAUGCUGCUUUACAGAUUUUUGCAACAACAUAACUCUGCACCUUCCGACAGCAUCACCAAAUGCCCCAAAACUCGGACCCGUGGAGCUGACCAUUAUUAUUACUGUGCCAGUUUGCCUCCUGUCCAUAGCUUCACUGCUGACAGUAUGGGCAUGCCAAGGUCGACUGUGCACCUACAGAAAGAAAAAGAGACCAAACGUGGAGGAGCCCCUUUCUGAGUGCAAUCUGGUCAAUGCUGGGAAAACUCUAAAAGAUCUGAUUUACGAUGUGACUGCCUCUGGCUCUGGCUCUGGUCUGCCUCUAUUGGUUCAAAGAACAAUUGCAAGGACGAUUGUACUUCAGGAAAUAGUAGGAAAAGGUAGAUUUGGUGAGGUCUGGCACGGAAGAUGGUGCGGGGAAGAUGUGGCUGUGAAAAUAUUCUCCUCUAGAGAUGAAAGAUCUUGGUUUCGAGAGGCAGAAAUUUAUCAGACUGUUAUGCUGAGACAUGAAAACAUCCUUGGUUUCAUUGCUGCUGACAACAAAGAUAAUGGAACUUGGACUCAACUUUGGCUUGUCUCUGAAUAUCAUGAACAGGGCUCCUUAUAUGACUAUUUGAAUAGAAACAUAGUGACAGUGGCUGGAAUGAUCAAACUGGCACUUUCAAUAGCUAGUGGUCUGGCCCACCUUCAUAUGGAGAUUGUUGGUACACAAGGUAAACCUGCUAUUGCUCAUCGAGAUAUAAAAUCAAAGAAUAUCUUAGUGAAAAAAUGUGAAACUUGUGCCAUAGCAGACUUAGGGUUGGCUGUGAAGCAUGAUUCAAUACUGAACACUAUUGACAUACCUCAGAAUCCUAAAGUAGGAACCAAAAGGUACAUGGCUCCUGAAAUGCUUGAUGAUACAAUAAAUGUGAAUAUCUUCGAGUCCUUCAAACGAGCUGACAUCUAUUCUGUUGGUCUGGUUUACUGGGAAAUAGCCCGGAGGUGUUCAGUUGGAGGAAUUGUUGAGGAGUACCAGUUGCCUUAUUAUGACAUGGUGCCUUCAGAUCCCUCAAUAGAGGAAAUGAGGAAGGUUGUCUGUGACCAGAAGUUCCGACCAAGUAUUCCGAACCAGUGGCAAAGCUGUGAAGCACUCCGAGUCAUGGGGAGAAUAAUGCGCGAGUGUUGGUAUGCCAAUGGGGCAGCCCGCCUAACCGCCCUCCGGAUUAAGAAGACUAUUUCUCAACUUUGUGUCAAAGAAGACUGCAAAGCCUGAUGAUGAGAAUUGUGUUAAAAAGAAACCUCUCACAUCUUUCUUUCUCAUUUUUCCUUUUUAUGUGAAUUUUUUGGCCUUUGUUUUGUCAUCGUUGCUGUUGUUCUACCUCAAAGAUAAUGCAGUGCAGUAUUUAAGUGCCCAAAGGCACCAUGAAAAAAUAACUAAAGUCAAGUGUGGGCUGGAGUUGACUUCAUCCACUCCCCAUGUUGUCUUUAAUUUUAUUUUGAAAAGCAACACA